AUGGAUCGCUAUUGGGUGAGGGGUCCACAUCAGCCGAAGAGGAACAGGAGCGCAGCUUUGUCCGAGGAGGACAAUGGAGAGGGUAGUGCGACGAAGCGGCAAAAGAAGGAUGCAGUGACCAUCAACACUGAGAAUGGAGGGUACGAAGUGAUCAUUGUCGAAGACAACGACGAGCCCCUUACUAUUCGAAAAGGAAGCGGCGCAAGGGAUGACCCGAUCACGUUUACGGAAUGGAUUACCGGCAAUCUCAUUCCUGAUGCGCACGACCAGAUAGCCUUCGUUAUAUCUGACAGCGAUGAUGAAGAGGACGAACCCCAGAAGUCGACGUCGCGCCGCUCGUCCACCCUCAGGUACUCGACGCCGCUGAGGACUCCCACCCCGUUUCCCAAAAUCGAUUCAGAAAGCCCGCUUCGGAGUUUGCAAGAUACACCAACGCCGCGGUGGAGACUUGAGCUUUCAGACGAGGAGGAAGACGAGGAUGAGGAUGGUACAAAAUGUGUCAUCGUGGUUGAUGGCGACGAAGACGACGAGGACGCGGAUAUCGAGAGGAUAUCUCGGAAUAUUCCAUUCUGGGCGGACUGGGCUACGACUGGUACUGUCAAGGAUGAAUCAGAAGAAGAAAUGCCAGGCCUAAGUUUGUCGCAAGAGACGCAAGAACCUGAAGAACCCGAAAGUCCGCUCCUCAGCCGGGGCACUUUUAGAAUCCCAGCGUACGAACAUGGGAAAACGCGGGAGAACCCUCUUUGGAGUGCGAUUGAAACCUCAGGGUCAUCAGCGCUUUCCGCAUUGCCUCCGGCCUCCACCAAACUGAACGGACUCGCUACUAAGAACGGGCUAGAGCAGGCCCGGAAUCAAGAUUACAAUGUAUUCAAGAAACGGCUAUUCUACAAUACAUAUGCGGAAAAUAUGUUCCCAAAGCUACGCGAGAGGUUCGACAAACUAUUGCAGGAUAUCCCGGGGGACAGAACUCCGAAUGUUUGCUGGCUCUGGCAAGGCGAGCCCCCAGGAAACAAGCACCGCAUAUCUAUGCAUAUCUCGUUUCGGCAUGAGGGCAAAGGACACCACAUAACGGCCAAUAUUGGCUUCGUUGGCAUGCUCCUUGAGGGGCUCCUGACCGUGGAGGCCAAAGAGGGCAUCAUACAACAUCGGUGGCACGCGAGCCACAUGCGGAUGACGGAGGAAUCUGUUCAAGAAGCUUGGCCAACCAUCAGACGCAACGCCUUCGCCCAGAGAUAUCCCGAAGUUCCCCAUUCCACCAGUUUUCAGCGGUCUAGCCGAACCAUAUUCCAGUCCCACCGUCUUCGCACCACCCUUUCUGCGAUCUUCUCCGACAUCUUUUCCAUAUAUUUCAAUGGGUCUGCCACAGCCAGCAAAACAGCUACUACUAAUGUUCUUGGUCAUGUCCCCCAAAGUUAUCUCUCUUCGGCUCAGAUAUUUGUCUCUCAUCAUGGGCAGUAUAUGGGUUAUGGUUCCAAUCAAUUCUUCAUCCGAAUAUUUGCUUCCACGUUCUUGGCUGCGAGCAAGGAUAACUAUCGGCUAUGGAGAGACCAAUCACGUCCCUGUAGAUGCACGGUUCCACAAUGA